CUGUUUGCGUUUUCCUGCCUCCACCCCCUGGGCCCUCUCCUGCUCUCCCCUUACUGACUGCGUUCGUGUUCACCUGGCCUUAGUUCUGGCCCGCACCCUCUCCCCUGCAGCCUGUGGCACCCGUCACUGCUCAGCUUGUCCUGCCUGUCACCCUUUCUGUCUUCUGGUACUUGUAUACAGGGAACCACGGGUGUUUCCUUUUUGUCGAGGCUGUAUAGAGAAACAGUUGAAGAUGAGGGUAAAGUUGGUGAUGCCAGCAGUAGAGGGUGUGAGAAACGGCGUCACCACGCAGGUUUCUGUGUGAAUGAUGAGGUCAUCUGGACUCCCGUCUUAAUCUGAUGGUGCUGUGUGGCUUGGCUUGGAACGGAAAGAGGAGGGGCCGGGCAGGCAGCAUAGCCGAGGCAGCUCUGCUUGAGGAAGUAAGGUCUGUGAUGUUCAAGUGCUUCAGCCGUCAGAAAGGGCUUCUUAGGUGAUGGAGGACGAGGAGAAGGCAGCGGAGAGCUUGGUGAGCACCAUGGAAGCUGCUCAUUCUCCAUCUCCCAUCCGCUGCUGCUGGCUCCGCCUCCGCUACCUGGCAGCUGCUAGCAUUAUCUGUGGCUGCUCUUGCCUGGGAGUCAUGGCUCUUGUGUUUGCCAUCAAGGCAGAAGAGCGGCAUAAGGCAGGCCGGCCCGAGGAGGCGGCCCCCUGGGGGGCUCGGGCCCGGAGGCUCAUCCUGGCCAGCUUCACUGUCUGGCUUGCUGUCCUCAUUCUGGCCCCUCUGCUGCUGUGGCUGCUCUCCUACGCCAUCGCUCAGGCUGAAUGACUUCCUGGAUCCUCCAGUGCGGCACUGCUGAGGUCCGGGGACAGCAGUGGUCCUUCCUGCUUGGGAAGAUGGUACCUGGAUGAAGGGCACCCUUCUAAAAGUUGGGCACCUCGCUGAGCCCCUUGAGGCAAGGUCAGCGAGCCCUGCCACCUUCCGUCUCUGACCCUACCCCACCCUAGAGGCAUUCACUGGAAAGGGCAUGAAGACCAGGCCUGAUUUUAUUAGAAUUUGUUUUUUAAUAAAAACCUUUUUUUAGUGGUGAAA